UUUUCCUAGCGUCAGGCGCGCGUGCAAUUCCACAGCGCCAUCAAAUGGUUUGUUGCUCCAGCUAAAGCCAGCCAGCCAAUGUGGCUCCCUCUCAACUGUUUCACACAAAACAGCUAUCGUUACGAUUGAUGCGACUGAUUCCGAAGGAUUGAUACCGACUACCCACCCAACCCGUCAUUUCUACACCCGCAUCGUUUGACAAUUGCUGUUCUCCCUCCCUAAACUCCCCAACCAGCCAAAUAUGGCGUCGAGAUCUCGCUCGCCAAUCUCAGAUCGAGGCUCGCGGGCAAACAGACACCGCCGCUCACCCUCCCGCGGUCGAUCGCGCACGCCUUCACACUCUCGCUCGCCGUCGCCACGCCGCAAUGGGCGAUCACGAGGCGCCGACAGUCGCAGCCGGAGCAGAAGUCGAAGCCGGACACGAAGCCGCACCCGUACCCGAAGCCCGUCUGCCGGUCGCAGUCCCAGUCGUGGCCGAGAUGUCAGGAUGAGAAGUCGCACCAAGAGCGUGUCGGCCAGCCCGGCGCCACGCAGUACCAAGAUUGUCAUUGAGAGGCUCACCAAGAAUGUUACCGAGGAUCACUUGCGAGACAUAUUUGGCCAAUAUGGCGAGAUUCGCGAUCUUGAUUUACCCAUAAACAGACAGGGCACGAACCGUGGCACAGCAUACAUCCUGUACGUGCAGGAGCCCGACGCCGAAUCGGCCAUCGCCCACAUGCAUGAGGGCCAGAUCGACGGAGCCACCGUCAACGUAUCCAUCGUCCUGCCGCGCCGCAAGUUCUCCCCCGAACCACCUGGAGCUCGUCGCGGCAAUCCGCACAUCGACCCGCGUCACAUAGCACAAGCCGCGCGUGUGGGUGGACUGGCCUCUACCGCCGCCGCAGGUGGCUCCGGAAGCUUCAGGGGAUCAAGAGGACGAGGAGGAGGCGGCGGUGGCCCACCAGCUGGACCUCGUGGAGGUCGCAACAACGAUGUCUACAGGCCCUCUUCGAGGAGCAAGUCGCCAGAUGCGGGACGUGCGGGCGGUUACAGAAGCCGAUCUCCUGGAUCGGCGUAUUCCAACAGGUCUGAGUCCAGGUCGAGGAGGCGCGGCGGUGGAGGUGCCAGGAGAGAGACGGGCGGUGAUGAUUAUGGAAGGCGGCGAAGCCCUAGCAGGGACAGCUACAGUAGCUAUGGUGGCAGGAGGAGCAGGUCGCGGUCGCAGAGCCGGGGCCGCGGUGGUCGAAGCUACCGCUGAGAUGUUGGAGGAUCAUGAAUGGAACCAGUUUGGCCCUGUUUGGCCUAGUCAUGUGGGUACGUGAGGCAGGUUGUGUCCCAAAAUUUUACGGCGACAGGUACCCGCUUAGGGUGAAGUGGAAAGAAUUGAAGCAUCAAAACGGGCUCGGAGUUCCUCGUCAGAUGCGACGUUGAAAUCCUUCAAAAAAAAAGAGCCUUGGUCCCUUCUCAUUAGCACUGGAGUAACCGGCAUUUCUUUUCGGUCCAAUCAAAACUUGUAAUGUACGAUAAGCGAAUCUAAUGGAUGGCAAAGCUCAUGCUAUGAGGCCCGGAUCGUGCAAAUUGGGUAAACAACGACGA